AGUCAAGGUAAGACGGCUACUGCAGGAGGCGGUGACGUGGCUGACCGAGUGUAUAGAGAAGAUGAUUGGAGCGACGAUGAUGGUGAUGACGGUGGUAAUGGGCGUGGGUGGGUCUUCCAUGGUCCGCACGCCCACUUUCUUCUACACGCCUACCUUCCACCACACGCCUUCCAUAUUCCACCCGCCCACCCUCUAUUCACAUGAGUUUCUAGUGACGCGGUUGGCUGCGGAUCCCUCUGAUGCUAACCUCCCGUGUGACGCCAAGGGCUUUUACAUCCACCCAAAGAACUGCUCUAGAUUUUACAGGUGUGUAGACUACGUGGGGACGGGAGAUCUCUUCAGUCGCUACGUGUUUGAGUGUCCAGCAGGCCAUGUGUUUGCCGCUGUGAAGGCCACCUGUGUCCCCGGCACCUGUCAAGAUAACCUGUCGCCCUCCAUGUCUCCUCCUACCAGUCCUAUGCAGCCGCCCGCAGAUACCACCCAGCCACCCAAUGUGAUUCCCGGGGAGGUGUUUUCUACAGAAGGCCCCGUGCCACCCCAAACAGAAGGCCCCGUGCCACCCCAAACAGAAGCCCCCGUGCCACCCCAAACAGAAGGCCCCGUGCCACCCCAAACAGAAGCCCCCGUGCCACCCCAAACAGAAGCCCCGGCCACAGGCACCACCCAGGUUCCUUCACCUCAGACAUGUACGGGAGCGAGAUACGUGCAGCAUGAAACCCACUGUAACGUCUACCAUCCGUGUGACAAUGAUCGUCUCCGCUAUGUUUGUCCAGCGGGCACCGUGUUCGACCAGCCUCGCCAGAUGUGUAGACUCAGCUCCUUCGACGAAGGCUUGUGUACAAAUAAGGCCAUCCUACCGGUGAACUAUCUGAGGACAGAAUUGGUGGAAGGUCAUCUACAGCUGCCAGAGUCCUUCGAGAUGCCGCAUGUCACUCCUGAUAACAUAGUUCAAUCCCCAUCCAGUUUCCAAGGUGCUGUUCAACCCUUACUCUCGGGGACUCACCUUGUGGCUUCUCCUACAACGAGUGAUCUCUUCAGGACAGCUGAGUUUGUGUAUCGGCCCAGCAUGAAACAACCUAUCAACCCCAUCCACCUGCCGGCAUACAGUCCAUUCCCUUAUACAAUCUUCCUCCCACGAAACCUAGGGGCCUGAGGGACAUGUUAAUGCCCAGGACAGGACAGAGCAGUAUACAAGAGCGUCAUACGAAGAAAAAUAACAUCACCUGAAAAGAUAUGACGGCAGGUGUUGGUGUGUUUAUUUACAUUCGUUUUACAGUAGUUACAUAGAUUGAAAUGUGACAGUUAUUUAGGAAACCCUUACAGUAUCUUAUGCACCAGCAAGAGUAGUUACAGUAGUUGUGUAAGAUUAUGUAUUGCAGUUUUUAUUUACAGUAGUAUCAAAAUUAUUUAUGUAACCGUAGUUGUAGUAGCAGGUACAGUAAUAUAAUCCUUCCUGUAGCUAAAUUAUUUCUGUAUUAUUAGUUCUUGAGUUUUGUAUUAUUAUUUACAUUAUUUCUAGAAUAUUACAAAACCAUGAAGUUAUUUGUGUUUUUAUAUAUUUUUUCCAGUUUAUAAAUACUUAAUCACC